CUCCUCUCAAUAUCUCAUUCUAAAUGGAUCAUGGACACCACAGAAGCACCUCCCCAAGAUCAAGCCAGUGGCCAGGAUGAUUCCUCAAUCAACCAAAAACUCAUCGAUGAUCUUCGCACCGGAAAUGAUGCCCUUGUUGCUGAGCUUGAAGCUCUUAAUUCUUCCUACCAGACCCUUUUAUCGAAAUCCACUGAAGCGGAGGAAAAUUUAGCUGAAAUCCGGACUCAGAGGGAUGAAAUUCUGAAGCGAAACGUGGAUCUAGUGAAGGAAAUUGAAGAAGUUUCGCGGGAAAGAGACAGUCUCCGCGAUAAGCUUAGUGGGGUUGAGGCUUCUCUUAGGGAUUGUGAAGAUGCGUUAGGGAAGAAAAUCGAUGAGAGCAUGAUAAUGCAAGAAAAACUUCAAACCCGGGUUGAAGAACUGUUGGGUGAGAAAAAGGAGAGGGAAAAGAUUCUGUUAGAGAACUUGGGCUCAUUGGAGACCAUCAAGGAAAGCUUAAUAAGGGUAAUUGAUAGUCUCGAUGAAGAAAAGGCAGGGAUUGUCAUUGAGAAAAGCGAAGACGUGGUUUCAGAUGAAGAACUGAGGCCUUCUAUAGAAGCAAUAAAGGCGGUAUCGAUGCUGGCAAGUAUGGUGGAGUCGAAAGUGAGUGAGUACCAAGAAAUGAGGAAGAAGGAGAAGAGGGAAUUGGAGAACAGUGUGGUGAGUUUGACAGAGGAGAAUCGAGAUAUCAACAGUUUACUGAGGAUUGCACUGGUGGAAAAAGACGCGGUGGAGAAGAGUCUUAAUAGGUUGAAGGGGAAUAGUGAGCAGAAGAGAGUUGCCCUUUUGCAGAUUGCCGAGCGAGGACUGCAGAAGGUGGGGUUUGGGUUCAUGAUGGGCAGUGCUCCAAACGAAGUACCCGUCGAAAAUUUGGGGUCAAAUGCAGGCAGUAAGUCAGAUAGUAGUGAAUGUGAAGAGGAGGUUGUUAGUCUGGCCUCAACUGUGGAGAGGAUAAUGAAGAAUCUACGACAAGAAAUCACACAAUUGAGGAGAUCUUUGGAGGAAUCUAGGUCAGACACCGAGCGCCUUCAGAGUCUUACAGAGAAACAAGCUCAGAAAAUUGCAGAAAACACAUUGUACAUAAAGGAGUUGGAAGACAGAGAGAUGGUGCUUGCUCAAAAUGUUGAAGAACUCCUCUUGGAAAUGAAAGAAACCGAAGAAGAGGUUGCUAGAUGGAGGGAAGCUUGUGAAUUAGAAGUGGAAGCAGGAAAAAAUGUUGUUGGAGAACGCGAUAAAGUGACUCUAAUUCUGAAACAAGAGUUGGAGAAUACAAAGACGGCUUUGGACAUAUCAAAUGGAAAGUUGAAGCUGAAAGAAGACCUUGCAGCUGCUGCCAUGGCUGCCCAGGCAGCAGCAGAGAGGUCUCUUCAGCUAGCUGACAGCAGGGCUGCAGAGCUGCGUGAGAGGAUCGAGGAGCUCACAAGACAAUUAGAAGAAGCAGAGAGCAGGGAUCGGAACCGCCUUAGGGUUAGGCAUGUGUGUUGGCCAUGGCGAGCCCUCAAGGUGAACCCUGCUAGUAACACAAACACAAGAGUUGGGAAUGUAAGAAGGAUGCUCCCAGAAAUGCAAGCCUUGCUUCAUUAGAGUGUCUGACAUGUGAUUAUAUAGCCUUCUACUGAGCUUGUUACAAUUUCCUUAUGUUACUUUGUUCUUUUGUUGCUUUUCUUCAUUUCUAUCUUCCUGUUCUUUCUUUUUUCUUCCUCAUUUUUUUUUAAUCUUGUUAUUUGUUUAUGGAGUAACCGUGUCUGUCAACCGCUCAUCAAUGUGUUUUCUGGUAUGGAUGAUAUCGGGCCAACUAAAAGAAAAUUCAAUUCGUGUAAUUAUAUCAACAUGUAUAUAGCAAUUUCAGAAA